UUGACGUUUAUUUCUCAUGACAUUUGUUGCGGGUGUGUUGUUGCUUGUUGUUAUGUGAAAUCUAAUUCAAUUCGAGACGUAAUACAUAAUAUCUGUUAUAUCACACCCAGUUAUCAAAGGCAUAUUCGAGGCAGAGUCUAUCAUGGGCGACACACGAAAGAAGAAGAAGUUUUACUUUAGAAAACGAAGAAACAAAUAUUUCUUGGAACCCGGCUUCAGGGGAUUCUUCUGCACGUGUAACUUCAGAGAAAAAGAAUGCGUGAAAGAAGUUUACAAUCUGCUGAACGAGUACGCGGGGAAGUUGUAUCCAGAUCUGGGGGCGGACCAGGUGCCCGCCGAGCCUGCCGUGUCGUCCGCGCCGCCAGACGACGACCGCACCGACAGUGAAUCCGAAGACGACACCGACAUCGGAGAUUUACUGAAACGUGAAGUAGAUUCCAUGAAAAAAAGCUCACAGAAGUCUCUCAAGCACAAACGAUUUCAAGUGGUGGAGACUGGAGCUUCAAAUUGCAUUUUUAUUAAGACAAAUCUACCUAGUCCUGAAGAAGUUGCCACAGCUAUCAUCAAAGAUUUAUAUACGACGCGGGUCCAAAAGACGCGGCAUGUUAUGCGAAUGCUGCCCAUCAUGGCCACUUGCAAAGCGAACUUGCCGGACAUUAUGGAGUGUGCAGGGAAGCUUUUUGAUAGGUUCUUUUUAAAGCAAGGCUCUUCGUUUGCUGUUAUCUUUAACAAACGAUUUAACAGCAGCGUCUCCCGGGACAUGAUUAUCAAGGAACUGGCUGAGAUGGUUGUCAUGAAAAAUGCAGACAACAAGGCUGACUUGAAGAAUCCCACUCUUUGUAUUAUAGUUGAAAUAAUUAAAGGCAUUUGCUUAAUGAGUGUCGUGGAGAAUUACUUCACAUAUAAGAAGUAUAAUUUACACGAAUUAACUAAAGAGGAAUCGACCAAUGACUGUGAAGAAACGCAAGCGAAAAAAUUUAAGAGCAAUUCGCAAUCGGAGGAACAAGGUGUGACUCAGUAAAGAAUUUUUUUGUAUUUACUCUAUUCUACUCUGUAGUCAUACUUCUAGGUUACUGUGUAACUUAGGGCCCCAAAACCAAUUUCUCACCAAAACUUUUGUCUAUGUCUAAGCAUUUUCAAUACACUUUAAAUAUACAUUGAUGUAUUAAUAAUGAA